AUGACAGGUUUCAAUCUCACUCAUGUCACCCCCUCCAUCUUCAUCCUGAAUGGGAUCCGUGGCCUGGAAGCAGAUCAUAUUUGGAUCUCAAUCCCAUUCUUCUCCAUGUACCUCAUUGCCAUGGUGGGAAACUGUGGUCUCCUUUACCUCAUCCAGAUUGAAGAAGCCUUGCACAGGCCCAUGUACUACUUCCUCUCCAUGCUCUCCCUCACUGACAUUGCAAUGGGCACAUCUGCAGUGCCCAAGAUGAUGUGUAUCUUCUGGUUCGAGCUGAAAGAGAUUGACUUUGAUGGCCUGGUCCAGAUGUUCUUCAUUCACACAUUCACAGGGAUGGAGUCUGGCGUGCUCAUGCUCAUGGCCUUGGACCGCUAUGUUGCCAUCUGCUACCCACUGAGGUAUGGCACCAUCUUGACCAACCGAGUCAUCACUGCCAUGGGGCUGAUCACUUCCCUCAGAGGGGUCAUCCUCAUCAUGCCCUUCCCCUACUUGGCCAAGAGGUACUGCCACAUCAAUGUCAUCCCUCACACCUACUGUGACCACAUGACUGUGGUGAAGCUGGCCUGUGCCAGCAUCAGGGUUGAUGCCAUCAAUGGCCUCAUGGUUGCCAUGUUAAUUGGGGGCUUUGACAUCUUCUGCAUCUUAAUCUCCUUCAUUAUGAUCUUCAGGGCUGUGGUGAGCCUCUUUUGCAAGGAAGCUCAUAGGAAGGCCUUUAGCAUUGGCACAGACCAUAUUGCUACUAUUACCAUUUCCUACACAGCAGCUUUCUUCACACACCAUUUCGGGGGUGUAUCGCACCACAUGUUCACAUCAUGUAUCGCACGAGAUGUUCACAUCAUCUUGGCCAACCUUUACAUGCUCUUGCCCACCAUGUCCAACCCCAUUGUUUAUGGGGUAAAGACCAAGCAGAUCCGGGAUAGUGUCAUUAAGCUAUUUAAGGGAGGAAAGACUGGCGGAAAGUGA